UAGGCAGGCCGCGCCCGCAGAUGAACUUCCAGGACGUCUACACGCUCCAGCAGGCGCUGGACGUCGCCACUCCGCCUCGUCUUAUCACGGCACAAGACCGUGCGGAGCACGCUGAGCGGCAGCGCUGCCUCCUCAUCGCCGAGGAGGACGAGCGGGCCAUGGUGGAGUGGCGCCGGCGCCACCCGGAGGACGUCGCCGACGAGCAAGCCUACUGGGCGGAGCAGACGGCAAAGCGCCACGCGGACCGGUUGGACAUGCGUCGGCGGAAGGCCCUGGCGUUAUCGCAGUGCGAGAUCGUUGAAAAUGGUGGGCAGUCGAUCUUUUCGGCUAAUGAUCCUCGUUGAGACGACAUGUGGCUCGAUACUUCGAACCAGACCAGCGAGG